GUUAAUUUCGCAAAGUGUUUCUUUUACUCUCUCAUUACACAAAACACUCACACCGAGAAUGCGUGGCUCACUAGUUGCUCUGUCGCGGUCUGUCUGGAAGGGCCCGUUCUAUGUACAUUUCCCGAACCUGCAGGAGUCAAUUCGCAGCGGCACGCCGAUAAAGACGAUGGCACGGGCAAGCACUAUCAUGCCCAGCAUGAUUGGCGCGAAAUUCCUGGUGCACAACGGCAAGGAGUACACGCCGGUGACUGUGACGGAGGAGAUGGUCGGGCGCAAGCUGGGCGAGUUCUCGCAUACACGGAAGCGCUUCACAUACCGCCUCACCAAGAACAAAUAAGCUGCUGCAGAUCGGUCUGGCAAAAAUACGCGAUCUGUGCCUGCCUACUUUUGGCUGCUCAAAAAUAAAUCACGAACUGUAUUUAAUCCAGAAUCCUUAAUUUAUC